CUGCGUCAAGUAAUAAUAAUGAUCAACAAUAAGGAUCUUCUGAUAUACAUUUAAUGAGUGCCAAAACAAUGUUUACCCAUAAUAACAAUGCACUAUAGGAACAGUGCAUGCAUUUCAUUAAAACAUCUCAAAUCCUCCAGCAUCCUGUCUGAACUGUGGAGUGCAGGGGAGAGGACUAGAAGCACUUCUGGGCCAGGCUGUCGGGGUGAGAAAGUCACAGAUGACUGCUCAGCACCAAGACGAGGGGGUGUCAGCGAGGACAGACAAGAACAGCCUGAAUGGUUGGUUCGAGAGCUGCUGAGACAGAGCAGGCGGAGACACUCUGUCACACUUGGAGAUGAGGUUCAAAUCAUGAGACGACAACACAGUAUUGACUUAACUCUCAGACUCUGCAGCCUCAAGGUACACAACAUAUAUUUAAAUGUGAAAUCAGAAAAGAUAGUCAACCUGAACAUUACCCGUUUAACACAAAUUCAUGUGACGCAGGGCGAGUUCAGCACACACAUGAUGCAGGAGUACAAAGAGAAGCAGGAAACUGAAAGACGCAGUAAGCAGUUGGCUUUCACCCUGCCGGCCACUAUGAAGGCGUUGGGUCAUGGCAUCCCCAUCGUCAACAUCCACUCCACCCAUGAUGGGACCGUCGUAACAGUGCGAGAAGAUGGGGUUGUUUGCUACUGGAACCCUGAACUUAAACCACUGAAGACCAAAAACAUGGACAGAGAGCUCCAACUUUAUGAGCUUUCCACUCUGGAGCCUUAUUGCCAGAUCAAUGCACUAGACACAGUGCCUUUGACAUUAGAUUACGGCUACACUGGCCCUGAUAAAUGUUGUGUUCUGUAUGGAGACAUGGAGGGAUGUGUGACUAUCAUUUUAAUAUCCUCUGUUGGAGAUACCCUCAGAUUAUGGAAUAAAUUACCUAAGAUUGAAAAUAUGCCCAACAUUGCGGUUGACAAUGCAGUGCUUUCCCCAAAUGUGACAUUUGUCAGAUGGAAGGUUCAUCAGGACUGGGUAACACAGGCAAAAUAUUUUCAAGGUUUUCAAGCUGUUGUCUCCUCAUCAAAUGAAGAAUCUUCCUCCCUUGUUAUAGGCCGUGUGCUGCCUCUAACAGACGCUGAGCAGCAGCUGGGUGAGAUCAGAGAGGCCUGCUAUGAAGGUAAGACCAAGAAGGUCCAACUGAGCUGGACUCCACAGCUCCGGGCAGCAUGUGACCAGACCGUUUUCACCAUCUACAAAGGUGUCAAGACCUUUGACCUUUGUCAGAAGCACAGCUUGCUGGUCACUGGAGGCAUGGACAGACUCAUACGCAUGUGGAACCCACAUUUUUCGGGGAAACCAACCGGCAUCUUGAAAGGACACUCUGCUCCCAUCAUCUACCUCUGCAUCUUCUCAGAGGACAGUCAGAUCUUCUCUGUCUCCAUAGACAGAUCCGUGAAAAUUUGGGAUAUUCAAGAUCAGUGUUGCCUGUUUACAGCAGACCCCAAAGCCAGCGGGAUUCAUGGUGACAUAUCUGCAUGCUCGUACUCCUCUGCUCUGGAAUCCUUUUACAUUGCAGCAGACUGUAUGGCUAUGCUCUCCCUGAAGAUAAGGCCACGGCUUCACAGCCGUCUGACUGUUUCACAUAAUGAGACUGUAAUGUGCUGCGGCUACAAUGAGGAGUUCCGUCAAGUUGUCAGCUGCACUGAAGGAUCUGUUGUAAAAGUCUGGGAUUUUGACACUGGGCGUCAGGUUUUCGAGUUUGGAGGCACACACAACCUUUCUGCCAUCACAUGCAUGACUUUUGACCCCAAAGGGAGGAGACUCGUCACAGGUGGAAGAGAUGGCUCUUUAAAGAUCUGGAACUUCAACAAUGGUCAGUGCCUAAAGACACUAAAGAAGGAUGGUGAAUGUCACGAAGUGUGCGACUGCAUCUUUCUGCAAGUUCACAGGAAUGUCUAUGUGAUGUCUGUCGGCCGGGACCGGAUGAUUGACAUUUACCCAGACAUACCUGAGGACCUUCAUCACGUCCAGAGGCCGCAGCCUUCAUGGCAGGAUGAUCUGAAAAAUGGCCAUAAGGAUGACAUCCUUUGUGUGGCGCAGUGUCCUCCAUCUCUCAUCGCCACCAGCAGCUACGAUGGAGAGAUAAUAGUGUGGAAUGUGGUGUCUGGACGUAUACAGUGUCGGUUUGUCAGCCCUCUUCUAGCUGAACACCAAAAUGUUGAAGGACUGGAUACAAGUGUUCCAAGUAUAAUUUUCCUAAAGAACUCCAAGUUACAGCACUUUUCCUCGGCUACAGCUCUGCUGUCGUCUGGAGCCAUGGGUUGCAUAAAUCUCUGGAAUGUGCUCAGUGGAGGAAAAUUUGUGGGCAGCUUCAAAGCUUCUCGAUACCAACAAAAGAUUAUAAAACUGGCUAAAACAGACAAGGACAUGCUGCUGUACGCUGCUGACCGAAUUGGUUACAUCUAUAUUUACAACAUGGAGAAGUUUGCUCCUGAGCAAAAAUCACCUAGAGUUGAACACUUUUGGCGUGCCCACACCAGCAGAAUUACUGGCCUGCAGAUUGUUGACAAUGAUCAAGUGGUGCUUACCUCAUCCGCUGACUACACUGUACGCCUUUGGAGUGCACAUGGAGAAUUCAUUGGGACCUUUGGGCAGCCUGAGAGCUGGAGCGUCCACAUCCCCUCUUCAUGGAAACAUCCUGCUGUCCCCUAUCAGGUUCUGAUUGAUCCUCUGAGUAUGCCUGAUCAUGAAAUUCUGAAUGUAAAAACACAUCUUUCUGAUGCCAUCAAUCCUGACAAAACUGAGGGUUAACGAGGUGAACGAAAGGCUCUGUCAUGAAACUGUAAGCCAUACUAACAAGCUAUCGAACCACUGUGCUCUGAAAGGCUUUUAUGCUGUGGAGCCACCAAACACCGGUGUAAGAUCUGGCCUGUUAUAAGCAGCACUGAGGAACUGCAGUCAACUGAAUAACAUGAAACAGUAUUGAUCACAAUUAGGGAACUGGAUCAUUGCAGCAUAUACUUUUAUAAAGACAGAGCAAGGAACAUUUUGAAAGAAUGAGAUAAUAGUGAGAAUGAGGGCUUUAUGUAAUCAUUCCCAACUGGCUUUUUCAACAACAGACCAUGUGAAGUAAAUCAAUGGAUGAAAUGAAUGUGUGAAAAUGUGGAUUGCAACAUUAAGGGACUUUGAACAGAAGAGGAACAUUAUUGAAUUGAGUACUAAAGAAAUCUAAAUUGCUUUUUCAGAGUGCUUUUACACAAAUCAAUAAUAACUUUGUCAUUAAGGCUUCAGAUUGUGAGGAAAAAAAGUAAAUUUUACUCAUUCCUGAGAUUCAAGGUGCUCAUGUUAUGCUUGUUGGCUUUUUCCCUUUCCUUUAUUGUGUUAUAUAUCUUUUUUGUGCACGUUAUAGGUUU